AUGAUGGUAUCGAUCCCCAGUUUCUACGCGGACAGCACCGGGACUAGCAUGAGCAUGAGCAUAAGCAUUCCAGUGAGGUUUGGACCCUGGGGUGGGAACAGUGGCACCAUCUUUGACGACGGGAUAUACACGGGUGUCCGGCAGAUCAAUUUGACGCGGGGGCUAGUAGGGAUAUCCUCCAUGAAGGUUCUCUACGACCGCAACGGGCAGGCCGUAUGGGGCGACAAGCGCGGAGUCAGUGGGGGCUCUACUAGAGCUCAAAAGGUCGUGUUCGAUUUCCCGUCGGAGAUCUUGACGCACAUAACCGGCUACUUCGGCUCGACGACGGCGACGAUGAAGAUGAAGAUGGGCCCGACGGUGAUCAGGUCGCUGACGUUCCACACGACAAGGAAGAGCCACGGACCGUUCGGGGGGGACGAGCAGCACGGCACCUUCUUCUCCAGCUGCCUGGCCGACGGGAGGAUAGUAGGGUUCCACGGCAGGGCGGGAUGGUACAUCGACAGCGUCGGGGUUCACGUUCUGGAAGGGAAGGUGCUGUCGCAGCAGAGAGACGACGAGACGCGUUGUUCACUAGCACUAGCAGCGAGGGAAAGGGAAGCCGGAGACGAGGUGGUGAGCAGCAGCAGCAAGCAGCAGCAGCUCUGGAGGAGGACUGCUGCAGGCGCCGGCUACUACUACUACUACAUACGGCGUGGUGAAAGAGCCGGUCCCGAUAGGCCCCGGACCGUGGGGCGGGGACGGCGGCAAGCCGUGGGACGACGGCGUGUACACCGGCGUCAGGCAGAUGUACAUCACGAGGACCGACGACUUCAUCGGGUCUGUCCAGAUGGAGUACGACAGGAGCGGCAAGUCCGUCUGGUCCACCAAGCACGGAAACGGUGGCCAGCAGCAGAUCACAAUCACACACAGGGGCCCAGGGUGCUGCGUUCGCUCACCCUGGUCAGCAGCCGGGGGAGGUACGGCCCGUUCGGCGACGAGGUCGGCGCCUACUUCACCUCCGCCACGACGGAGGGGAAGGUGGUGGGCUUCCACGGCCGGUGCGGCCUCUACCUGGACGCCAUCGGGGUGCACAUGCAGCACUGGCUCGGGGUUCAGUGGGCAGCUCUGAACCUCGUCAUGUCAUCUGUUAUGAUUAUUGGCGGCGGUAGUUUGCUGCUCUUCGGGAGCCAUUGUCAGCUUAACCACGGCGGCGCCGAUGAUCUGUUUGUAGGCUGGGGCCAUCUCAGCGACAGCGAGUGA